GCACUUCAAGCCGCGUCUCGGCAGCCCGGUAAACUUCGAUGUUCCCCCACACGCACAAGCUAUCUCACGCCUCUCUGUUGCCUUGGAGGCCGCUUUUUGUUGUCCAGCUAGACUUGCUUGCCGUGGAUAGUAAGGCCGAUCUCGUGAGAAACCCACAUUGAAGUUGAUCGCGGAACUUCAAAUCGCUUCGAUAUUAUUGCAAAGGUCCCCGUUACGAGGCCAAACGGCACUAUCAUGUGCUGAUCUCGUCACGUCGACGUACCCUUUUGUCACGAAGAACUCGUUUCCCAAACGUCUCUCAGCUAAACGAUUCAGUCAAUGGCACUUCGCUGCUGUAGAGAGAGGAUCUUGCAAACAAUCCAAGUCAGCUCCUCAGUUCGACGAUUAACGAGCGUGAAACCGAUCCAAUCGAUCAGCAGACCGCUGUCGCAGCCACAAUCCGGCUUAGUAGCGCCGAACGACGUCGGUCCUUCACCUUGGAACGGAUUUAUUAGACGGAUCUACUCAAGCAGCAGAUCCCCGUCGCAGCCGCAGAUCGGCUUGGAGCAGAUCACCGAACGGCUGAGCGGAUCUGAGAGUCAUUCCCGGCUGAACGGGUUCGUGCAGUGGUACCUCAGAUGCCUCGACUCCCGGCCCGUAAUCACUAAGAGCAUCACCGCUGCCAUCAUAUUCGGCGCUGCUGACGUCACAUCGCAGAAGCUCUCUCACUCCAUCCUUGACCCACCCGCCGCAUCAUCGUCGGACGAAAGUACAGAUCAGCAGCUACAGUGGGACGCGUUCCGCACGGCUCGCAUGGCAGCAGCGGGUCUCUUGCUAUCAGGCCCCACACUCCACCUGUGGUUCACCAGAAUCGCCAGGGUUAUUCCAGGAACGGAUGUUCCCAGAGUGCUGCUGAAGAUAGCUGCGGGCCAGGUGCUGUUUGCACCUAUCUUCAACUCGGUGUUCUUCUCAGCCAACGCUGCCCUUCAAGGCGAGAAUCGGGAGCAGAUUGUUGCUCGCCUGAGAAGAGAUCUGCUACCAACCCUAAUAAGUGGUGCUUGCUACUGGCCCAUAUGUGACUUCAUCACAUUCCGUUACGUCCCCGUCAGACUACAGGUGCUGACCAGCAACACUGCUGCUUUCUUUUGGACCAUUUAUGUAACUUACAAGGCCAGCUUGGCUCCUGCGGCUGCUCCUGAAUUGCAGGACAGCAUAGAGCACUAGCACACAACUGAGAGCGCCGCUCAAGAUUGCUCCUUUGAUUUCCUCAAGCAAUCGAUUCUUUUACGGUAUGGUGAAAUCCCUCAGCUAUUCAGCCUGCAUGUCAAGCUUGUGCUCUGGUCUGAUCCUAUUAGUUCCUUGUACAGAAUCUCGUUGUGUAAAACAUGGUGGUGGUGACACAGCAUCUCAUUGCUGUAAGCUGCUGGCUCCCCCCCAAUACGGGUUCUCAUGCUAAUGAGCAUAUUACUCAGCUGUGGUAACGAUGAGCCAUUUCCUAGUUGUGGGAAACAUAUCCUAGAGC